AUGAGCGCGAUCGACGUGCCGUCCAAUGACAUUCGCUUCCAGAUGGAGCUCGAGUUCAUCCAGUGCUUGGCCAGCCCUGCGUAUCUCAACUUCCUCGCGAUCAAUCGGUACUUUGAGAACGAAGCGUUUCUGAACUACCUGCAGUAUCUCCGGUACUGGAAAGAGCCGCGAUACGCCAAGUACAUUGUCUACCCGCACUGCCUCGCGUUCCUUGACAUGCUGGAGGACGAGCGAUUCCGGAUGAUGAUUGCGCGCGAGGACUUUAUGACGCUAGUGCACGGACAGCAGUUUUACCACUGGCAGACGUUCCUGAAUAAGCGUUCGAAGGGGAACCCGGAAGAGGCGAUCGCGGCAAUGACAGCGGCUGCAGACGAGAUGAACUAG